UAACUGCCCAACCCAUACAAUGAAUUAGGUCAUUGACUUUACCCAACCCAUACAAUGAUUGAAAACUAAAGCAUACAAUAAUUGAAGAAGGAAUUGGAUUAUUGAACUGAAACACCCCUAUGCACACUGCAAAACAGGAAGAUUAGCUACGAGAGAGUGGCAUCAGGAGUAGACAGAGAUGGUGGGUGAAGAGAUGAGCAAAGAGUUGGAAAGUUCACUUCCAGUUGAAAAUGUCCAAGCUCUUGCUUCCAACAACCCCUUGGUGGAUGAGUCUCUCCAAAUUCCCAUCAUAGACAUGAGGAAGCUCAUGGUUGAAGAUGAUGAAAUGGGUAAACUUCACUUGGCCUGUAAAGAAUGGGGCUUCUUUCAGUUAAUAAAUCACGGGGUAGCAGAAGAAGUAAUAGAGAAAAUGAAGGUGGACCUACAAGAAUUCUUUAAAUUGCCACUGGAGGAGAAGAAUGCUUAUGCACGGCUACCAAAUGGCAUGGAGGGCUAUGGCCAACCCUAUAUUUUUGGACAGGGCCGGAAGCUUGAUUGGGGUGAUAUGUUUAUGCUUGGCUCACUACCAGCCUCUCAAAGAAAUAUGAAGUUUUGGCCUGAAAACCCUUCUUCUUUCAGGGCAACCUUGGACAAGUAUUCAUUGGAGCUCCAAAAAGUUUCAACUUGCCUUGUUAAGUUGAUGGCUAAGAACCUUGGGAACAAUCCUAAGCACCUUACAGACAUGUUUGAGAAUGGAAGACAAGCAGUAAGAAUGAAUUAUUAUCCAGCUUGUGUGAAUGGAAGCAAUGUUAUGGGCAUCACUCCCCAUACAGAUGCCUCUGGACUCACCCUACUUCUUCAAGUCAAUGAAGUGCAAGGUCUACAAAUCAAAAGAAAUGGUAAAUGGAUACCAAUUACCCCCAUCCCUGGUGCAUUCAUUGUCAACAUUGGCGACAUUAUCGAGGUAAUGAGCAAUGGGGAAUAUAAGAGUGUAGAGCACAAAACAGUCUUGAAUCCAGAACAUGAACGCUUCUCCAUUGCCGCAUUUCACUUUCCAAAUGUUAAGGCAAUGAUUGGACCCUUGCAAGACCUGGUAAAGGAGAAUGGUGCAGUUUAUAAAACUCUAAGCAAUGAUGAGUUUUUAGGGCUUUUCCAAAAGGCCAAACUUGAUGAUUAUGAUAACUUUCAUCGUCCAAGUUGUCCCAAAAUAAUGCGUCAUCGCUGAGGUAGAUAUACCGAACUCAGUGUAGAUAUACCGGAACCAUCUUCCUAUCUCAGCGAUGACGCAUUAUUUUGGGACAACUUGGACGAUGAAAGUUAUCAUAAUCUACAAAAUGCAAUGGAAGGAUGAUGUCAGCAAUGACGACAUUGAAGCAGUAAAUGCGUCUUCAACUACAAAAAUUAAAUAUAGCAGUACAAGUUCAAAAGCAGUAAAGACAUCCACAAGCCACGUAUUAUGCAUGUAAUAAAAAGAGAAGAAAAGGACAAGAGAAAGAGAUAAGAAGGAAGAGAAGAACAGAUGAAUAAACAAAAGUCACAAGUAAAAGUCUCAAAAGUCUUUGUAUUUAUUUUAUACCAAACCUCUGAACACCGUAAAUAUUUUCCUACAAUCCAACCACUUGAAAUUAAUUCUCACCUGUAUUCUCACCUGUCACUUGUAAAUGCUUUGCCUAUAAAUUAGUAGUAGUAAAAGAAAAGAGGUGCCCCAGAAAGUGUGUCAAAAGGUGUGUGCAAUAGUGUGCAAAGUUAUCUGUAAAAAGAAGCUCCAUCUUCAGCCUUGUACAUUCAUCAGCAAUCAAUAAGAAAGUAAGAAUUUUCUGUUAAAUUUUUUGCCUUCAUUUAAAUUUAUUAUGUAUUUUUCUUACCCUUAGGGGGUAAAAAGGUAAAGUAGGGAAAUGAAAAUUAUUUGAAUUAUUUUUAAGUUUUCUUUACUAGUUAAUAUAUGUAAUAUACAUGGAUCCUUUUUAUAUAAUGUUCUCAUCAACAUUAAAAAAUAAAAAAAUAAAAAAAAAUAAAAAUAAAUAAAUAAAUAAAUAAAAAUAAAAAUAAAAAUAAAAAUAAAUUUCGGGUUAUUUAAAAAAAAUUUUGGGUGUAAAAUCAUGUUUUAAAACUAGAGUCUUUAGUCUUAACCCUUGACCUCAAACCCAUUUUUGCCGGAAAAUUGGCGUUCUAGGGAGACUCUGUCUGGUCAGAAGGGGGGUAUUAUCUUGACACGAAGUGAUGUUUUAAAAAAUUUUGAAUUUUACUACCUGAAUUUUUUUUUUUAGAUACCCGAUUUCUAAAACUUAAUUUUUAUACAUUCAAGAUUAAUUUUAUACGUUGAAAAACUUUCACUAUAAGCACAGAACCCUUUUAUGUUAUUUUAAUAUUUUAAUAAGUGUUUGAAAUUUUUUUUUAUAAUAUUAAGUUUUCCAAAAUGUCUGAAACCUUUUAUGUUAUGUUAUUUUAAUAUUUUAAUAAGUGUUUGAAAAAAUUUUAUAUUAAAAUAUUAAGUUUUCCAAAAUGUCUGAAACCUUUUAUGUUAUUUUAUUAAGUGUUUGAAAUUUUUAUGUUAUUUUAAUAAGUCUUUGUAAAUUUUAUAUUAAAAUAUUAAUUAUGGGAGAAGUGUUUGUAUUAUUUUAAUGCUAGCAAUAAAUGUGUUCACACUUUGUUCAUACUUUAAUUUUUAUUUAACUUUCAUUGCUAACGGAGAUUUCAAGAAACUUUACUAACAAACUGUUGUUGAAACUGGUGAUGGGAAAAGUUGGUAUCAGAGCCCCUCUCUGUGUAUUGCAGUAUAUUAAUUAGGAAAGGAGACUGUAGAUUCAAAUUAAUUUUCAGAGUACCGAACUUUAUCUUACCCCAUAUAAAGCCUGAUUAAUUUUGCUCAAUUUAUUCUGAAUCUUUAUUUUCUCUGCUUACUUAACAUGAAUUAGUGUCAUAAGAAGUAAUGUCUUUUAUUCCUUAUCCUCCUGGUAUAUAUAAUAUAGAUUAUGAUUGUGUAAAAGAACUUAAUAAUAGGUUGUAUGCUCAACGUAAAGAAUUUAGAGAAACUUGUGACAAAUUACAUAAUUUAAGAACUACUGUAAAAGAUUUAACUACAGAUAUUAAAAACUUAACUUCUCUUAAAUAUUUGAAUGAAUACGAAGUAGCUAUACAAGAAGCUUUUGACGAACUUUUUGCUACAGAAACCGUAAUUAGAAGAGAAAUUAUAAAAUAUUAUAUUGAUAAUUUAUAUGCUAGCUCAUCUAAUUAAAACAUAUUAGAGAUAAUGAACCCUCAUCUACAAACCCAAGAGGUAAAGCAGUUAAAAUUUUUAGUAGAGACACAAUUAAAAAUAACAAACGAAGUAUUACAAGAAGAAAUUCAGAAAGAAAACCAAAA